UGUUUUGAAGAAAGACCGGAAGUGGGAUGUGUCGCUGGGUUAAUCUUCAUGCGGUUGAGUCUGGGAAUUCAUACACAACUACUUGGAAGAGGAAUGCAGCACUCGUAGCCAACCAUACUUGAAUCUUAAGGAAUCAUCAUUCCAGUCAGCACAUAAUGGCUGGCUUCAGACAAGAGGAUGUGGAGGUGUUUUAUGAGAUGGAAGAGGAGCUGGGCAGUGGACAGUUUGCCAUCGUUCGUAAAUGUAAGGAGAAGAGCACGAGUAUUGAAUAUGCAGCCAAAUUCAUCAAGAAGCGGCGUCUUUCCUCCAGCCGGCGGGGGGUGAGCCGCGAGGAGAUUGAGCGCGAAGUCAACAUCUUGCGUGAAAUCCAACACAGCAACAUCAUCACCCUGCACGACAUCUUUGAAAACAAGACGGACGUGAUCCUGAUCCUGGAGCUGGUGUCCGGAGGAGAGCUGUUCGACUUCCUGGCUGAGAAGGAAUCUCUGACAGAGGAGGAGGCCACUCAGUUCCUCAAGCAGAUCCUGGACGGGGUUCAGUAUCUUCACUCCAAACGCAUCGCUCACUUCGACCUCAAGCCUGAGAACAUCAUGCUGUUGGACAAGAACGUCCCAAACCCCCGGAUCAAGCUGAUUGACUUUGGGAUUGCUCAUCAGAUUAAAGCAGGAAACGAGUUCAAGAACAUUUUUGGGACACCAGAGUUUGUGGCUCCAGAAAUAGUGAACUACGAGCCCCUUGGACUGGAGGCGGACAUGUGGAGCAUCGGAGUGAUCACAUACAUCCUACUGAGCGGGGCUUCACCAUUUCUUGGGGAGACAAAGCAGGAGACCCUGACGAACAUCUCAGGCGUUAACUACGACUUUGAUGAGGAAUACUUCAGCAACACCAGCGAGCUCGCCAAGGACUUCAUACGCCGCCUGCUCGUCAAAGACCCCAAGAAGAGAAUGACUAUUAAUGACAGUCUUCAGCACCCCUGGAUUAAGGUGAUCAAGAGGCGAAAUGUCCGCCAGGAGGAGAGAGACCACAAGACUGAGCGGCGUCGGCUGAAGACGACCCGUCUGAAGGAGUACACCAUCAAGUCCCACUCCAGCAUGCCGCCCAACAACACGUACGUCAACUUUGAGCGCUUCUCUCAGGUCCUGGAGGAGAUUGCAGCCGCAGAGGAGGGCCUGAGGGAUCUGGAGCAAAACCAGCGCUCAUGCCGGGAGGACGUGGCGGCGCUGCUGUCCAUAUACGAGGAGAAGGAGGGCUGGUACAAGGAGGAGAACCACAGCAUCUCCACCGACCUGACCCACAUCCGCCAGGAGCUGCAGCGCACCCAGGCCCAGCGCAAGAAGAGCCAGGAGGAAACCCGACUCACCAUGCAGGCCGCCAACAUCCUCAAACGCAAGUACGGGCGUCUGGAGAACCGCUACGAAGCUCUGGCGGAGCAGGUGGCCUCCGAGGUCCGCUGGGUCGAGGAGCUGGUGAAGUCCAUAUCUGCAGAGAAGGACGUGCUCGGCAGCAUGCCCUGAGCCGGGCCGACUGCCAACACCGACUUUGAUUUUCAAGCUCCCUCCGGCCUGUCCUCUCUGCAGACACUGCGGCGAGGUGGGUCAGUGUUCAUCAUAAGCUACGUGCUGCUGCCAUCGAAGAACACUUUCCACUCUUUUUAUGUCGCGCUCGACAAACCAGCAAGAAGCAGAGGCAAUCUUUUGAACCCAUUCCCCCAUGAAGAGGCUCAUUCCUGUGUUUUUAUAAGUUAAUUUAUAAUUUGAGAGAUUUUACAUACUGUUACUUGUUUAGAAUUUGAAACUUUAUUGGCUUUUUUUUGUUUUUGUAAAUUUUCUUUGCCUGGUUUUAUUUUUAGAAUCAUAGUUACUGUACGUCACAAUGUGCUGGUGCUGUAGAAGCUGUGGACGUCCGCUCUCGCCUCAGGUUAUUGCCCAGUUACGUAAGAAGGCUUCACAACUUAAAGCUAAAGCAGGUAAAUAAAUACCCAUCAUCAAGGGUUUUUAUUUAUGCGCUUACAUUUCAAAUUAGAGUGCAGCAGAACGUCAACUCUAAAGGAUGCAAUGAACUCUGGAGCACCCUUACGCUUUUUUACAGAGCUUUGAUUUUCUAAUGAAAAGUUCCUCCAAAGACCAACCUAGUUUAUUCUAAUUACAGGGAAAAAGAGUAUUAAAUAACUUGCAUUUCUUGCGUUGAGUUUAUUAUUGACUUUCAGAGUAACAAUAAUAAACUUCUACGGUUUAGCAGACUUUCAAAACCAAAGUGUCAAGGGGCUUCACAACAGAAAACACUCUACAAUAUAGAUGCUAAGAAAGCAAAUGCAAGCAGACAAUAAGAGAUAGAACUAAAUUAGAAAUGAUGUUUAAAUACAAAAAAACAAUACAAAUAUGGGUCUGUUUUAGAAACUUUUGAUCUGAUCACACUUUCAUAAGUACCAAAUGACAUGGUUCUUUCUAGGACCUUCCUUAGAAAUCAAACAAAUGUACGUAAAAGUCGAGCUUUACCGGAUUUCAAAUGUACAAACUCAUCUCUGCAGUGCCUGUAAACUGAUUGACCGUAUUGCCUCAUCUGUCAUCGAGUUAUUGAUAUUUCUAUCACAUUGCUCCAUGUCUUAAACUGCAGCCUGUGCUCAGAAGCCUUGUAAACCAAACAGCGUGCAUGGAAACUCUAUAAACUGUAACUCCUGUUAGUGGUCCUCAUCCCAACCAUCUCUGCAAACUCGAUACAUUCCUCUGAUAAGUUUCACAUCCAGGCAACACAUUCCCCAUGUAAAGCAUAGAAAGGUGUAUGAUAUAUGCAGUAGUAUUUUUCCAAUAGAGAAAUGUACACUUAAUUGCACUUGAAUGAUUAUAGCAAUGUAAAACAAAUCUAUUUUAAUCUGAUUCUAAUGUUUAAAGAAGCUGAAAUGUCUGGGCUUGUUUCAAAUAAACAAAGUUAUAACUGUUAAUAAUAA